UAAAAAUGAAAAAAAGGUAAAGACCAGACCGAGAUUGAGGGAAAGAAGAAGGAAAGAAGAAGGAAAGGCGCCGCCGUGCUGGUUUUCGUUUAAAUUUUUCGAAUCGCAUUUUGCUUCUUCUGGCGCCGCCUUCGUGCUGGUUUUCGUUUUCGAUUUGUCUUUUUCUUCCUCUGGCGUUCCUGCGCAGCUCGAAAGUUUUCUACCUUUCGCUUUCAUUUCUUCUCUAGAUCUAGCAUUGCUACUACGUUUCUAUCUCGAAGAUAGAUACCGUUGCUCCACGGGAAAAUUCUCUUAUUUGUCGACUCGAAACUGCAACGAUAACACACUAUUAUGGCAAACGCAUUGCAAUUUUCGGCGACUGUACAAGCUGCCUCCCCUGUUUUCUCCAAGAGGAUGCAUUGCCAAUCUUUACGGCACAGGCCGUCGCCGCCACUUCAUUAUAAUUUAGCGGCUACAAGUUUGGUGCUGUCAAAAAGAAGUCGUAGAGCCUUGAAAGUGAGCUGUGAGGCAGCCAGUGUUGAUCUACUUGAAACGAACAAAAUCGAUAAUGAAGCCGAGAAGAAAAUAACAUGCGUAAUGAAGUUCGGUGGUUCUUCGGUGGCGUCUGCCGAGAGAAUGAGAGAAGUGGCUGAACUUAUACUUAGCUUUCCAAAUGAGAGGCCUGUCAUUGUUCUUUCUGCCAUGGGAAAGACCACUAACAAACUUUUGCUGGCUGGAGAGCAGGCUGUUAGUUGCGGUGUUACUAAUGUAGAUAGUAUAGAAGAGCUGAGUUUCAUAAAGGAAUUGCAUAACCGGACCGUGAAGGAACUGGAAAUAGACGAGUCGGUUAUUGCAAAACACUUGGAGGAAUUAGAGCAGCUGUUGAAGGGAAUUGCUAUGAUGAAAGAGUUGACUCCACGCACUAGAGAUUACCUUGUUUCUUUUGGGGAGUGCAUGUCCACAAGGAUUUUUGCUGCAUAUAUGAAUAAAAUUGGUGCAAAAGCUCGCCAAUAUGAUGCUUUCAAAAUUGGUUUUAUCACCACAGAUGACUUCACAAAUGCAGACAUUCUUGAAGCAACUUAUCCGGCUGUUGCAAAGAGUUUGCAUGGAGACUGGAUCAGUGAUCCUGCAAUUCCUAUUGUUACCGGCUUCCUUGGAAAGGGAUGGAGAUCUUGUGCUAUUACUACAUUAGGUCGUGGUGGUAGUGAUUUGACAGCCACAACCAUUGGAAAAGCAUUAGGUUUGAGUGAGAUUCAGGUGUGGAAGGAUGUUGAUGGUGUUUUGACAUGUGAUCCUAAUAUAUAUCCACAUGCUGAACCUGUGCCAUACUUGACAUUUGAUGAGGCAGCAGAACUAGCAUAUUUUGGCGCGCAGGUCUUGCAUCCACAAUCCAUGAGGCCUGCCAGGGAGGCUGAUAUUCCUGUUAGGGUUAAAAAUUCUUACAAUCCGAAUGCUCCUGGAACUCUUAUCACCAGAGCACGAGAUAUGAGUAAGGCAGUGCUAACUAGCAUUGUUUUGAAACGGAAUGUUACUAUGUUGGAUAUUGCUAGCACCCGCAUGCUUGGCCAAUUUGGUUUUCUUGCUAAGGUGUUUUCAACCUUUGAAGAUUUGGGAAUAUCAGUGGAUGUUGUAGCUACCAGCGAAGUCAGUAUCUCCUUGACACUCGAUCCAUCAAAGCUUUGGAGUAGAGAGCUGAUUCAGCAGGCAAGCGAACUCGACCAUGUUGUUGAGGAGCUUGAGAAAAUUGCUGUAGUCAAUCUCCUGCAGCGUAGAUCAAUAAUCUCUCUCAUUGGGAAUGUCCAGAGGUCCUCUCUGAUAUUAGAGAAGGCCUUCCAUGUUCUUCGUACUCUUGGAGUCAAUGUUCAGAUGAUAUCACAGGGUGCUUCGAAGGUUAAUAUCUCAUUAAUUGUGAAUGACGAUGAAGCAGAGCAGUGUGUCAAGAGUCUCCACAAAGCUUUCUUUGAAACUGACAUCUCUGAAUUAGAGUGGGAGUGUGUAUCUGGUAAUGGUUCUGCCUCAACAUGAUGAAGUCGUCAUUGAUUCUUUUUUCUAUUAGAUUUCUUAAUUACAAUGAGAAUGUGUUGGCAAUGUCUGUCUCAACGUGAUCAUGAUCAUUGAUUUUCCUGUUUUAAUCUUUUUGAUCUAGAUAUUCAUUCAUUAUCUGAUUUUACAUAGAUCAGGGAAUUGUUUCCCUCCUAA